AAUGACGGGCGGCUGCGGCUCAGCCGCCAAGGCGUGAUCUUCAAGAACAGCAAGACGGGGAAGGUGGACAACAUCCAGGCCUCGGAGCUGGCUGAGGGUGUGUGGCGGCGUGUGGCACUCGGUCAUGGCCUCAAGCUGCUCACCAAGAACGGCCACGUCUACAAAUACGAUGGUUUCCGGGAAUCGGAGUUUGAUAAGCUCUCAGAUUUCUUCAAGGCCCACUAUCGCCUGGAGCUGGCAGAGAAGGAUCUAUGCGUGAAGGGUUGGAACUGGGGGACAGUGAGGUUUGGAGGGCAGCUGCUCUCCUUUGACAUCGGGGAGCAGCCAGUGUUCGAGAUCCCCCUCAGCAACGUCUCCCAGUGCACGACGGGCAAGAAUGAGGUGACGCUGGAGUUCCACCAGAAUGACGAUGCCGAGGUCUCGCUCAUGGAGGUUCGCUUCUACGUGCCACCAACCCAGGAGGACGGUGUGGACCCCGUGGAGGCCUUUGCUCAGAACGUCCUCUCCAAGGCAGAUGUGAUCCAGGCCACUGGAGAUGCCAUCUGCAUCUUCCGGGAACUGCAGUGUCUGACGCCUCGCGGGCGAUACGACAUCCGUAUCUACCCCACCUUCCUGCACCUCCACGGCAAGACCUUUGACUACAAGAUCCCCUAGCGUCUCUUCCUGCUCCCGCACAAUGACCAGCGGCAGAUGUUCUUUGUGAUCAGCCUGGACCCCCCGAUAAAGCAGGGCCAGACCCGCUACCACUUCCUUAUCCUGCUCUUCUCCAAGGAUGAGGACAUCUCGCUGACCCUCAACAUGAACGAGGAGGAGGUGGAGAAACGCUUCGAGGGACGGCUCACCAAGAACAUGUCGGGCUCCCUCUACGAGAUGGUCAGCCGGGUCAUGAAGGCGCUGGUGAAUCGCAAGAUCACCGUGCCUGGCAACUUCCAGGGGACAGGAAAGGCUGUUGGUUUGCCACCCGUGCACAUCCGCUUCGAUGAGAUCUCCUUCGUCAACUUUGCCCGGGGGACCACCACCACCCGCUCCUUCGACUUCGAAAUCGAGACGAAGCAGGGCACGCAGUACACCUUCAGCAGCAUAGAGAGGUGGGUGUGGGGCAAGCUUUUGCCAUGCCCGCGGGGCUGCUCUCUGCACCGCUGGCACCCCCA